AUGCCUCGGCGACCCUCGUGCUUAACAUGUCGAUCGCGAAAAGCCAAGUGCGAUCGCCUUCUUCCACGGUGUUCCACCUGUGUUAAGCUCAACCGUUCAUGCCUGACUCCUGAACGAAAAUGUGAAUUUGUUUGGCUACAUUUCGGAGCCAACGAUAUUUUGAAGCACGGAGCCAAUUUUGACGAUGGGCAGCAGGAUCGUGGGUUUAAGUUCAGCUCUGGUAGGGAUUCAUUACUUUCCAAUGAUGAGCGUGCUAGACAUACUGCACAAAUCAUUUCGUCAACUUCAAAUACCUCUCUGAACGCAAUCUUGGAACAGAUAGAUGUGCAAAGUACCAAGGUGAACAUUACAACUUUCAACCACGGCCCCUUUGGCGUGUUUCAAGUUGAGAAUAACACCAAGAAAGAAGUUGAAGAACUUGAAUCCGUGAUCUCUGGCAAUAGGAAAGCAAGAUCAGAUACGGCUGAGAGCCGUGAUGUGGAUAAUUUGAAUUUGUCCCUCAAUGUGGAUGAAUAUCCAGAUUUCGACUUGGAUCCCCAACUAUGGGAAAACGAACAGACCGUACUAGGAUCAGGUCAAGGAGACCUCCUAGAGCUGUUUCUACAAGAGUCUGACGAUUAUUCUAAUGACUUUGUUACCAGUGAUGAGCAUCCUUAUGGUUCAAUCAUUGCGAUGCCAACGGCAUUUGCUACAGAUUUCUCCGAUCUUGAUAUGAAGUCCAUCGGACACCUCCUCGAUCGUUACCGCAACAGUCUUAUAACAAGCUUUCUUCCCGUUAGGAAAUAUCAUACGUCUCCAUGGGAGUCUAUUCACGUACCCAAAGUCCAUGAAGCAUUGGGAGAGGCUAUGGUUUCAGGAGAAGUGACCCAUGCCAAGAUGGGUCUUUUCUUUGCUGUCUUAGGUGCCAGUGCAUUUCACCUACAUAUGCAGACGUACAACAUGGGAAUGUACGACCAAAGGUGGAAGGUGCUCGGGGAAAACUUCCGAUUGCGAGCUCGAAAAAGACUUCGAUUGUCUCUGGCUAACCUCUCAACGACUAUGCCAGCUGAGCAGGUUGCGGAUACCAUACUUGCGUUCACGAGCAUGUAUACUAUCAGCGUUGUUAGUGCGCAGUUGGAAGAUACAUAUAUCUACCUUAGAGAAAUCAACCGCUUGAUUGCUAUAUAUGGAAUGGAGCUAAGUCGCAUAUCAACAACACUACGAAUCUUGCACAACAUAUUCUAUUAUAUACAAACUAUGCAAGAUACAGUGGGAGUUUUCAGUGGUGGAAACCUUAUUCGAUCCCCAUCUUUACGUGCAAAACGGAGUAUCCUCGUUGACUCAGUCAAUAGUGACUCGGGUCACUGGAGUUUAAAGGGUUUCCCUUCCAGCGACACAGCGAGUUCAAUCCUAGAUGCCUGCGUUUGCGAAGACGACAGUAGCAGUCAGUCAUUAUUUGAGCGCGUAUUUUCAGUUCCGAUCUCCUUGUUUCAGCUGAUAUCGCGUGUCACGGCUCUGGUACAUGAGACUGAAGAAGUCGCCAACAAUGGAACAACGCACACCAACCUUUCGUCGCUGUCGUACACAGUCAACCAACUAGAAACGGAAAUUUGGGACUGGAAUGCGAACGUUUCAAGUACAUCAAAAGAUGCUUUAUCACCAAGUCCCACGACUUGCCUACACGAAAUCCCAUUCUCCUCACCAGCGCCAUUAGACACUAGAAACCAGCCCAUUGAAUCGCCAUUACACCACUACAUCGAAGCAAUGCACUCUGCGGUCCUAGUAUAUUUCUACCGCUGUGUCCGCAAAGUCGACCCCUUAAUGAUCCAACACCUCGUCGACAAAGUAGUAGAGUCUCUAACACUAUGUACGGAACUGAGACAACAGUCAAACGAUCCAUCAUCGGAUACAUGCUGGGCAUUAUUUGUUGCUGGCUGUGAGGUACUCAACCCGGCAACCCGGAAACGAGUCAAAGACCUUUUCGCCAUAGAAAGAUCCCGCACGGGAAUACGUAUGUUUGAGAAGGCGAGUCAGGCUGCGAUGGAGGUGUGGUCUGUUCGAGACCGGCGGAAGAAUCGGCAUUUGAGUUGGUCGACGGUGUUGAAGGAGAGUAAUAUGUUGGAUGGAUUGAUGAUUAGUUGA